CGGGGAGGGUCAGUUGGAGGCAGGCGCUCGCUGAGGCAGGAGGAGGGCUCUGGGCCCGCUGCCUGACAGGGACUUAGCCCGCAGAGCUCGGCCCCGCGCGCGCGCGCGACCCCACACCCGCCCACUCAUCCACCUACCCACUCCCUGCGCCGCCUCUUCCCACCCUGAGCAGAGCCGCCGAGGAUGAUAAACACCCAGGACAGUAGUAUUUUGCCUUUGAGUAACUGUCCCCAGCUCCAGUGCUGCAGGCACAUUGUUCCGGGGCCUCUGUGGUGCUCCGAUGCCCCUCACCCACUGUCGAAGAUCCCCGGUGGGCGAGGGGGCGGCAGGGAUCCUUCUCUCUCAGCUCUAAUAUAUAAGGACGAGAAGCUCACUGUGACACAGGACCUCCCUGUGAACGAUGGAAAACCUCAUAUCGUCCACUUCCAGUAUGAGGUCACCGAGGUGAAGGUCUCUUCCUGGGAUGCAGUCCUGUCCAGCCAGAGCCUGUUUGUAGAAAUCCCAGAUGGAUUAUUAGCUGAUGGGAGCAAAGAAGGAUUGUUAGCACUGCUAGAGUUUGCUGAAGAGAAGAUGAAAGUGAACUACGUCUUCAUCUGCUUCAGGAAGGGCCGGGAAGACAGAGCUCCACUCCUGAAGACCUUCAGCUUCUUGGGCUUUGAGAUUGUGCGUCCAGGCCAUCCCUGUGUCCCCUCUCGACCAGAUGUGAUGUUCAUGGUUUACCCUCUGGACCAGAACUUGUCCGAUGAGGACUAAUGGUCAUAGAGGAUGCUUUGCCCAAGAGCCACAGUGGGGGAAGAGGGGAAGUUAGGCAGCCCUGGGACAGAGGAGGGGGCUUCUUGCUGUCUAGGGCAGGACGCUGAGGGGCUCAGGGUGAGGGUUGCCUAUUGUGUUCUCGGCGUUGACUCAUUGAAAUUGUUUUCCAUAAAGAACAGUAUAAACAUAUUAUUCACAUGUAAUCACCAAUAGUAAAUGAAGAUGUUUAUGAACUGGCAUUAGAAGCUUUUUAAACUGCGCUGUGUGAUGUGCUCUAUCUAGCCUAGGGGAGGACAUUGCCUAGAGGGGGAGGGACUGUCUGGGUCCGGGGGCAAGGCCUGGAGAGCUGGUGGACAGCACUCUCAGGCUGAGGUUCCCCUGCUGUUGGGCUUUCUUUUUUGGUUUUUAAGACUUGUGUAUUUUCUUUCCUUGCUUCCUGUCACCCCAGGGACUCGGGACUAUAGGCUUUUCAGCCCCUGGGCAGUGUCCUUCAAUUGUUUUUUGACACUCCACCUGGGCUUCUCUCUGUGCAUUUGUGUCUGGCCUGGAGAAAGCAGGUCUGACCCCUCCUUUACAGCUUUGUGUUAUUCUGGCAUUUGGUUAAGCUGGCUUAAUCUGUUUCAUGUUAUCAGUGCAUUUAAAAUAGGGGCAUUGAAGUUCACUCCCACCACCAGGGCUUUUUUUGGGGUGCCUGGGCCUUAAAAAACA